AUGCAUAGAUCGGAACCUUCUUCUCCCUCGGUCAUUCAACGUAAGCCUUCCCAAUACCCCCCUCAAAAAAUACAACAUCUCCAACACCAUCCACCUAACCCCUCCUCUACAAAAAAAACCAGAAUCGUAAUAGUAACCUCCAUAGCCGUCGCCGCCACAGCCACCGCAAUUUCCAAUGAUUUCGACCGUUACUCCCGUAUCGGUGGAACAAUCGGUACCUCAGUCUCCGCGGCAUUUCUAAUAAUCCUCGCCAUAAUGAAUGUCUACAUCCUAGUAACAUUGGUAUUACAAUUAAGACGUAUACAACGUGCCGGUCCUGGGAGGGAAGGUGAAGAUGAAGUGUUCAAGAUACAAGGUGGAGGGGUUUUAUUCCCCUUGUUUAAAAAGAUGUUUAAAUUGAUCGAUAAACCGUGGAAGAUGUAUCCUUUGGGGGUAUUGUUCGGCCUAGGUUUCGACACCUCCUCCGAAAUCGCCCUCCUAGGAAUCGCAAGUCUCCAAGCCGCAAAGGGAACUCCAAUCUGGAUAAUCCUCAUCUUCCCCAUCCUCUUCACCGCAGGCAUGUGUCUAAUCGACACCAUCGACGGCGCUCUAAUGUUAGUAGCCUACACUUCAACCUCUCUCGCCCACGACAACGUAGCCGUAUUAUAUUACUCAAUCGUCCUAUCCGUCGUAACCUGCAUAGUAGCCGUCGUGAUCGGUGUUCUUCAAAUCUUGAAUUUGGUAUUACAUGUUGCUGAACCCACGGGCAGGUUUUGGGAUGGGGUUGAAGGUGCUGGGGAGAGGUAUGAUGUUAUCGGUGGGUGUAUUGUUGCUGCUUUUGUGGUUGUUGGCGGGUUGAGUUUGGUGUUUUAUAAAAGGUGGAGGGAAGGGUUUGAGAAGGUUAGGGAGGGGUAUGCUAGACGGGUUGAAGGGAUUGAAGAAGGAGGGGUGUAUUAUUCGCCGAAGGGGUCCGGGGAGGAGGAGGAGAGGAGGGAGGUUUUGGCCGGUACGGUUGGAGGUGGUGGGGGUGGUGGUGCGGUGGAUGGGAAAGGGGGGGAUUUGUUAAUUGAUUCGAAGGAUGUGGGGGGUGGGAAGGGGGAUGAUAUUGGACCCAUUGUUGCGACGUCGAGUCGUGUGUAG